GGCAACCAACUACUUGCUGCAAAAUGCUAAGCUUAAUUCGCCAUCGAUUAGUGCGUAAUAUAUCUCCAGUUGUGAUACUACGACAGUUUUCAACAUGUCGACCAUUACUACUAGCACACAGUGCAGAUUCAGACGUAGAAUUCAUACAUAUUCCCAAACCUCACAUCCCUGAGUAUAAUCGCAACGCCAACAAACGCCACAAGAAUGCAAUAAAGCGGGUAUUAGACAAUGAGUAUGCGUAUAAUAGUUUGGAAACUAUUGACAUGGAAGAACGCAUCUUUGACAAAUCAGUGACCAAAGUGGUUGAUACCGGAUAUGUUCCUGGGAAUUGGAUGAGAUACACGCUUGAAAGACUAUCAGAAUUGCAUGGUGUCGAUGAGGAGAAAUUGUACAAGAAAUGCUACGUCCUCGGAGUUGAUCUUUUGUUCCAGACCCCGCCCAAUGGCGUGUCUACUAUUCAAGGGAAUAUCUUUUCCAAACUUACCCACAAAUCAGUAAUCACUCAACUUAGACAAUGGACUGAAUUAAACAAGCAGCAGAAACGCAAGAAAGAUAAUGACGAAGAAAUCGAUCCGAAAUCAUACAUUACCAAGGAACAAGAAGAACUUAAACUAGAGCAUGAAAUAACUGGGAUUGAAAACAAAUUGGAGAAUCUUUCCCUUGACGAAUACCGAGCUGAUGUUGUAUUGUCUGACUUGGCGAGACCAUUCAUGCAAUCUACAGGAUACUACAACAAUAGUAUGAACACUCCAUAUCUUCGCACGUACCAAAAUGAACCGUUGAAGCAAGUGUUAACUAAACCAGACAAGGCAUGCAUAGACUUGGCAGACGCAGCAUUGAUGCUAGCGUGCCGCGCCUUGAGGCCAGGAGGAACAUUGGUCUUGAGAUUGGAAACUGUUAGAACGGGUGAUCCGGAAACUGAUCUACUUCGUAGACGACUAGACAUGGUGUUUAAUCAUGUACACAUACGAAGAACUGAUAACAGUCGUGGAUUCUCUCGGGAUGGCGACCACGAAUUGUACUAUAUCUGUAGGAAUAAACGAAAAGAUGGAGAAUACGACAUAAGGACCAUCUUUAAUUUAGAAUAG